AACCCCAGACAUGUAAAUAAGGCAGGGAAAAUGUCGGAAGACUUGAUCUGGGUUAUUUCUUUUAUUUCUUAUUGGUUUGUGGAUUGCUCUGGGCUAACCCCAGGGGCUUUUGUUUUGCUUGUAACCUUCGAGCUGAACCACAAGCUAAAGAUCCAGCAAAAGCCUAAGUUCCAGAUGUAUUUUUUCUUUUUGUUUUUAAUAACAUUGACCUUUUUUAAGACCAGGAUUGGAUUUUUCUGUCCCUAAGAGGGGAAGGUCUGAUCCUGAACUUCAAACUUCUCAGUAUCUCUUUGGACAAGGGAGAGCUGGCAAAGGCAGCGGUGUUGAAAGGUCGCCCUCUGACAACAAAAUGGCUCUGUCGACCCCUGUGUCUGGAUUGUCUCUUCCAUGCUUGGUGCUGCUGCUUCUCCUGGAAAUCCCUGGGGCCGGGGCCCAGGAGUUCCAGCUGCUGCAGCCCCAGGGCGCCGUGUCGGUGCUAGCGGGAGAGACUCUCACACUGAUCUGCUCUCAGACUGCUAAUGCCCCAGUAGGACCCGUGAAGUGGUUCAAGGGCUCGGGCAGUGGCCGCCAGCUCGUUUAUGAUCAGGUGGGAUCAUUGCCCCGGGUGACGCGGGCUGUGAAUGGCUCUAACACAGACUUCACCAUCCACAUCAGUGACACCCGCCCCGAGGACGCCGGGAUCUAUCGCUGUGUGAAGUUUGUGAAGGUGUCGGUAGUCGAUGAGGAGAUCAGAUCCGGCGCUGGCACCGUCGUGUCUGUGAGCGGUCAAAUCUCCACUACAGGGUCUGGGCUGUUUUCCAGCCCCGCUCUCUGGCUCGGGCUCUUCCUGGAGAAAGUGCUGACAGCCGCCUUCCUCCUCUUCCUCUUCCUGAGAAGCAAAGGGUAACCAGGUAACUGCUGCUUUUCUGUGAUUAACACUGGGCUGAGUUCCUGGAGAAAAGGGGCCAGAAGGAAGCGCAUUCCAUGGUGCAGCCCAGGAGCAGAGCAGGAAGGGUUAAAGCCUCAUAGGGAGUCAGUGUUGUGGGGCUGGGUGUCUCUGGGGCUGCUCACAGGAUCCAGACCCUCCCC